CCUCCUUGGGCGGCGCAUCGCAGCCCUUCACGAUGAAGGCGGCUCUUCCGCCGGCGUCGCUUCCGCCGCCGCCGCCGGCGUCGCCCUCCUCGUGGGCGUUCUGGUGUGGCACUCCGGGCCGCGGGACGCUCGGCUGUGCGACGGUCGUCGUCGCCGCGGUCGUCGUCGCCACCCCGAUCGUGCUGCUGCUGGUCGUGCCCUCUCUGGUCGGCAUGUUCUUCAACGCUGCGACGCUGACGGUGCUAAACUGCACCCUCGCCGACCCCUCGCACUCCACGCUCUCCAUCGAGGUUGGGCUGGAGCUCAACAACGCAGGCCCGCUCUCAGUCUCGCUGGAGCAAUUUGACGCCACGCUGGUCGACCUCCGAGGGCGCGAGUUCGGCUGGCUCAGGUUCCCGUCGGUGACGCUGAAGCCGCACGGACCGACGGUCCUCAAGCUCGAGUCUCAGCUCGUGGUGCUGGACGAGGAGGCACUCGCUGCCGAGGGCUCAAAGCUGCUGCACGGCAAGAGGAUCGCCUGGGACGUGAAGGGGCAGAGCGCGGUGGUGGUGUACGGGAUCCCCUUCCGGGUGGACGUGUGGAAGCGGCUUGAGUUCCUCGGCGCUCUGCUGGAGGACUUCGAGGCGCGGUCCCUUCAAGUCACGUCCGCCAACGCCACCGAAGGGACCCUCGACCUGUCCGCCGAGAUCUCCUUCCUCUCCGUCUCGCCCUUUGAGUUUCUGCGCAUCGGCACGCUCGAGGUGGAGCUGUGGUACAACCCGGACGCCAACGACGUCUCGCUCCCGGGCCACUCGGCGGCGAGCCAGCGAGUGCGCGGCUCGUGGCUCUGCCGGCCGCAGUGCCGCGAGCGCGGCGACUGCAAGGAGGACGAGUGCCCCGCUGGCGGCGAGCUGUCGCUAAAGAUCGGCGUGGCGUUCUUUUACGAGUUCGAGGUGCGGCGCGGGGCGAUUGGCAGCCCGCGAACCCCCGCCUUGAGCGCGAGGGUCCUGCUCGACAGCAGCGCAGCCGGGGCUGGCGUCGUCGCCGGCCGGUGGGCGUCGAGGCAGGACCAGACGGUGAUCGCGCUCGGCCCCACCAACAAGUGGUUCUUGGACCGGAUCUGGCAGGGCCUCGUCACCGUGCAGGGCGCGCCCAUCUCGAUCCUUGCCGGCGCGCUCGGCACGCGGGAGACAUUCGUGCUCGGCUACAACGUCCAGACGGGCGAGACGUGCGACCUCUACAACCAGGACGAAGACGGCGCGCUCGUCACGGCGCAGAACCCAUUCAGUCGCCCCAUCGCCCUGCGCGACAUCGACUACGAGGUGAGCUUCACCGAGCCGAUCGAGUACAGCGCAGGCUUCCACCUCGAGGCCCUCGCAGGCAUCGACCAGAAGCUCGUCGAGAUCUCGUGCGCACCGACCGCCACCUUCGCGCGCAUGACCUCCAGGGCUGGCAUCUGGGCGGGCACGCCGCGCCACCGCGGCCCGGACGGCCGCGGGUACCGCGGCAACGCGAGCGAGCGGCUGGCGGCGCGGCUGGCGGACGAGGUCAUCCCACUGCCGGCCCGCGGUGUCGGCGGCGGCAAGGGCGCCGGCACCUCCUCCUUCUUCCUCGCCGCCUCGGCGGUGCCCGGCGUGGCGGAGGCGACCAACGAGAACGGGGACACGGGCCCGUGCGUGCUCGGCAUCCCGAACCUCGACCCCUUCGACUGCUGUCUCACGACGGUCUUCACCGCCGUCGGCUGCAAGGCGCAGCAGCGCGGUCGCGCGCACGUCGACGUGCGAGCGCGCGGCCGCGUGACCAUCGAGGUGGACGGGCUGCGGCUAGUGACGUACCCGCACUUCUCGCUCCCGCUCUCGUAUACGGGCGACGUCCUCAACUUCAACGCCCUCGAUGGGCUCGGCGUGUCCAACGUCGGCGCUGUCACGCACGCCGGCUUCGACUGCACCGACUUCACCUUCAAGGGCGUCUCCGAGCCCCUGUGGCCCCUCGGGGUCGGCAAGUUCCCUCCUCCGCCUGUGACGCCGUCGCCGCCCACGCCCCCGCCGCUGCCCACGCGGCCGCCCUCCGCGCCGCCAACCGCGGUGCAGGGCAAGACCGCAGCCCGCUCCCUGUCCGUCUGGCUCCCGGUCACUAUUUGCAGCGCCUUGGCCCUCCUCGGCCUCGUCGCUUGCGUGCUCUGCUCGCGCCGGAGGCGACGGCGGCGGCGCUCCCAGCCGGAGCAAGGCCGGAUCGCCCUGAGGCGAGGCCACACCGUCGACGCCUUGAAGCAAGCCGCCCCUGCGAUGCCCCCCUAGCUUUCGCCGUAGCGAGUGAUACGUAGCCUACAGUACAGUUCCCUGCCUGCGACGCUCAUGCACACGUAUACGUAUGUGCGUGGGGGCGUUGAGUGGUUGGGGUCGCCGAGGGACGUGCGAUUUUGUCGAGAGAACAGAGACGAUGUGGAGGUGUCUAUUCUCUCCGCGUUGCUCGUGAGAUGUUGCUCGUCGAUGUC